UUAUCUUUUUGUUUUGUUUAUAGCAUUAAAUAUAACACAAAAAAUGACUAAAGCUUAGCAGGUUAAGUGUUUAUGUUGAGCUGAACGUGUUUGCCAAUGCCAUUGACAGCUGGUCGGCAGGUGCCGCACGGCGGAAGUAACGUUAGUCAAAUUAACGUUAACGGUUUUAAAAUGCCGCACAGGCAAAUGUAGUACCAUAGUAGCUAGAUGUCUGUGCAAUAUUAUUUGUAGAAUGUUUUUAUUUACUACAUAUUCCUUCCCAGAAUAUCGUUAACCAUUGUGCCGCAAAAUGUCCCAAUGGUUGGGUCACUUAGUACUUUAUUUUGGAAGUCCAGUCACCGGAAGUAUUAUUUAUCGCUUAACUGUGGUUACACAUCAGCUGUAGCUACGUUACAUGCGAGAGGAAUACUGACCUAAUUAACUGUGCAGGGGAUAACAACAACAACGACGAAACAUCAUAGCGACCGAAGUGAAUGCCAUUUUACUUGUAACUCAGCUAGAAGAAACUGUAUGUGGGCUUUGGUACCAUUACAGAGAAAGCUCCACCAACCUGUCUAUGUAGAAGCUAAUACAGAGCUGACAAGUGUGCUAUUGACUGCUGCAACUGAGAGAGAGGAAGAGGAGGAGGAAGAAACAGCCAGAGAGAGAAAGAGAGAGAGCGAGAGAGAACUUAUAAGUCGGUUUUUGGUCACAGAGAUCAUUGUUUUUCAGAAGCUUCUCAAGGGAAAAGUAGGCUAGGUAUUGAAAUGUCGCUAAUGGCUGAGCUGUCAUCAGCCAAGGUGACUGAGUGCAGUAGUGCACUACUGGUGUGGCACACACUCAAAGUCACCACCGGCCAUUAGGCAUUUGAGCAGUAAAAAGGCAAAUCUACAAUGUUGUAGAUUGAGGAGGAAAAACGUGACUGGAUCCCUCACAUUUUUUGUCUGGAUUAUUUUUACCUGGCGCUUUCUUUCUUUACUCUGAUUUGGUGGCUGAUUUGGAGAGAGAACCAAGCGCAGGACGACUGACUGUUUGUGGAUUUGGGAUUUACUGACUGUUGAUUAUAGCACAGAAGGAAGCUGCUGGGGCUCAAGCAUUCAUGUGCAGGAAUGCAGAUUCACAUAUGGAUGCAGACCAUACAGUGUAUUGUGUGAGCAGCUGAGCCUUUUGAAGGCCCCAGAGACUGCCAUGUUGGAUCUCUUCCUCAGAGUGCUGGUGUUGACCUGCCUUCACCCGUCACCUCACAGCACUUGGCUGCCAACCUAACCCUCUUUCUUCCCGCAUCUUUUUCUUCCACCACCUGGCUGGGAGAAAGGUCCUUGUUCCUUGUGGAAAAUGUCCUGUGCACACCACAAGCUGCUCACCUGGAGCUUACCUCACCUCCUCCUACCGCUGACCUACCUCUUGGUCUUGGCUUCUCCCGCAGGUGUGUCAGCAAAUCUCUGCCGGGUGACUGGGGGGGUACUGGGGAUUCACUGGAGCAGCAUCGUCAGCAUGGGUUGGCACUCUCUGGCAAAAGGGAGAGGCGGGGCAACAUGUUGGGAGUCUUGCUGCUUGAUUCCCAGCUGCAACGCCGUGUGGAGCCUCGGCGGGCAAUGUGUGCUUCUCAGCUGCUCGCAGAAUAGGGGCUGCCCCAUCACCACCCUGCCCCAGCCCCACCAGGAGUCCCUCGGCCUCCUUCAGCUGCUCUCAAAGAGUCCUGUUGUCACAGCAAGACGUAGAAGAGCUCGUCGGGCACAGCAUGCAGGAACGCCACACACAGAACAGCUUACCAGCAUGGAAAGUCCCAAACCAAAAACAACUCGCCCAACUCCAACAGUACCCAGCACUAUCACACUUCUUCAAACAACCCAAAAGAACCUUAGCCAGUUAGACAAUGGGAGUGCAGACAUCGCUCCUGCUCCAUCACAGCAGAACUCAACGGACAACGUUGAUACUGCCGCGUCUUCCAAUAGCAGUGAUGUCAGCACACCCACAGCUGCAACUGCUACCGUCACAACUCCAACACAGGCUGUGAGGGAGCUGGUGGUGUCUGCAGGAGAGAGUGUGGAGGUCACGUUGCCCCGCAACAAGGUUGAGCUCAACGCCUUCGUGGUCCCACCGCCCCCACCAGAGACAACCUAUGCAUUUGACUGGCGUCUGAUAACUCAUCCCAAAGAUUACAGUGGACAGAUGGAAGGGCAGCACAGCAUGACACUUAAACUCAGCCAGCUGACUGUGGGCCUGUAUGAGUUUGAGGUGACGGUGAAGGGGGAGGGGGCUCAUGGAGAAGGUUACGUCAAUGUCACAGUCAAACCAGAGCCACGGGUAAACAAGCAUCCUGUUGCCGUAGUUUCCCCAAAGUUCCAAGAGAUCUCCUUGCCAACCAGCUCUACAGUCAUAGACGGCAGCCAGAGCACAGAUGAUGACAAGGUGGUGGCGUGGCACUGGGAAGAGGUUAAAGGUCCCCUGAGGGAGGAGAAGGUCUCUGCCGACACCGCCGUCCUCACCCUCACCAACCUGGUGCCUGGGAACUACACAUUUAGUUUGACAGUGACAGACUCCGAUAGAGCCACAAACUCAACACAGGCCACCCUCACAGUCAACAAAGCCAAGGACUAUCGGCCUGUGGCCAAUGCUGGCCCUAACCAGGUCAUCCAGUUGCCACGCAACUCCAUCACUCUGUACGGCAACCAAAGCACCGACGACCAUGAUUCCCUGUCCUAUGAGUGGUCCCUCAGCCCUGAGAGCAAAGACAAGGUGGUGGAGAUGCAGGGCGUAAGGACACCGAUCUUGCAGCUGUCGGAUAUGCAAGAGGGAGACUACACCUUCCAGCUGACUGUUACAGACUCGGCUGGCCAACAGGAAACCGCCCAGGUCACCGUCAUUGUGCAGCCAGAAAACAAUAAGCCACCAGUAGCAGAUGCAGGACCAGAGAAAGAACUGACGCUGCCUGUUGAUCGAACCACUCUGGAUGGCAGUAAGAGCAGUGAUGAUCAGAAGAUAGCCACCUACCACUGGAAACAAACCAAGGGUCCUGAUGGUGUAAAGAUUGAAAAUGCAGAUGGUGCUGUUGCCACGGUGACAGGUCUUGAGGUUGGCAUGUAUGAGUUUACGCUGACCGUAACGGAUGAUAGGAAGCUGCAGAGUAUCGACACUGUCACGGUCAUCGUCAGAGAAGAACUGGACCAGCCUCCUGUGGCUCAUGUUGUGUCGAGUCCACCCAUCACUCUGCCUGUCAGAACCUGCACGCUAGAUGGAUCUCACUCCACUGAUGACAAAGGUGGAGUCAGCUACCUGUGGACAAGAGAUGAUAGCAGCCCUGCCGCUGGGGAUGUACUGAACAACUCUGACCACCAGGCGGUGCUGUUUCUGGGAAACCUGGUGGAGGGGAAGUAUGGCUUCAUCCUGACUGUAACUGACAGUAAGGGACAGACCAGCACUGACAGAGGCACAGUGGAGGUCAAACCAGACGUAUGGAAGCGUGACCUGGUGGAGUUGGUGCUGGAGGUCUCUGUAUCCCAGGUCUCCCACCGUCAGCGAGACAUGCUGCUGCGCCAGGUUGGGGUUUUACUGGGCGUGCUCGACAGCGACAUCAUUGUGCGAGAGAUCAGUGCGUUUAAUGAGCACAGUACUCGUUUGGUCUUCCUGGUGUCAGGCGGUCCAGGGCGCCCUCCUCUGUCAGGCCGCAGCGUUGCACUUAGCCUACGCAACAAACUGCGCAAACAGAAAAAUGACUUUCUCAUCUACAAGGCCCGACGAGUGGAUACAGUCAUCUGCCAGCUGAACUGCUCCAGUCACGGCGAUUGUGACUCAUACACACGGCGUUGUGUCUGCCACCCUUUCUGGAUGGAGAACUUCAUCAGAGCUCAGCUUGGAGAUGCAGAGAGCAAUUGUGAGUGGAGCGUACUCUAUGUGACUAUAGCGUCAUUUAUGAUUGUGGUUGCUAUAGCAACAAUUGUCUGGGGAAUGGUGUGUUGCUGCAAAAGGCGUAAGAGCAAAGUGCGUAGAAGCAAAAGCAGGUAUAAAAUGCUAGAAGCUGAUGAGCAAGACAGUCUGGAGCUACAACCACCCAGAGCUGCCCGCAUUAAGCCGGUGCCCGCUCCUACCUCCUCAGCCCUCAUGCACUCAGACUCUGACCUGGACAGUGAUGAAGGGCAGGGCGGGGUCCCGUGGACAGAGCAGGAGCGCGGGCAUCUCCUGCGGCCCCAGAACGGCUCCCUAAGGAACGGGCAGGGGCCGGGGAGGGGCAGAAAGCAAAGAGAAGAGCUGCUAUAGCAAGAGCGGAGGGGGGAGCUCACUGCUGCCCUCACACACACACGCAUACACACACACACACACACCUCCUCCAGCUGUCACACCCUCUCUGUUCCUCACUUCCUGUUUCUCUUUUGUUGUUCUUCAACACAGAAACCUAAAGGAAGGGAAAGAGAGGAAAAACCAUGCUGGAAACAUGUUGUCCCACUGUCACAGAAAGAAACACCACUGUACUGACAUUUCCCUGCUCCCACACUGAGCCACUAUGGAGGGAAAACAAGCUACCAUUUCGCUGAGAAAUAGGGGUGAGCACUGUGUUUUGAAUGGUGUAAAAAUAUAACAUAGACCCCUAUUAUUUAACACAGAGACAUAAAGAAUGUACUGUUACCCCUCAUACUGUUGGCACACGAAGUAGCCUGAGUAAUACUUGACUUUCUGGAUAAAAAAAACUCAAUGACAAACCAGCCACUUGACAUGCUCACUCCUUGCCUCUUGUAGACACGCAUGUACGCACACAAAGACGUUGUAUUCACACAGUUCCAGGUCAACCUGAUGCUACCAAACUGCCAUGUAAAAACCAAUGGUUAACUCUGCUCUAAAGAUUUUUGUUAGUGAGUCCACAGUUGAGAUGGUGACUCAUUGGAAAGAAAAACACAACCAAAACACGAAUAACAACAGCAACAGACUCUCCAAAUUAAAAAAAAAAAAAAAGUGCAUGAAGAGUUCUGGUACAAUUUGAUACUGGAACGAUCGCCUGCAUGUUUGUAUGUAGGGUGUAUGUUUGGAUUUUUUAUGGCUACUGUGUCAAAAGAUGUUUCCUCAGAGCCAUUUGUAUGUUUUUAUUUCUGUUAUUGACUUGUGAAGGAGUCACAAUGUUAUCAGAGGCAGAAGAUCUUUUUAAAAAGAAACACCAUGCUUAUAUUCUAAAGGUUUCUCUGGAAGAAGUCGCAGGGACACAGUGGAAUACACAACGUUAGCUAGUCUGGUUGACGGAGACAAUAACGAGGAGAAGUUGACAACACAAAAAAUGGGGUCGCUUCCUCCUUCACCUCAAUAUUCAUUAAGUUAAUGACUGCUUGAACCAUGAAGACCACUUAGGUUUUUAUUGUGUGUGUGUGUACACACACACACACACACACACACACACACACACACACACACACACACACACACACACACACACAAUAAAAACAUAUAUAUAUAUAUAUUACAUUACAAACAACCUUCAGGCUGUGAUUAGAUGUCGAUGCACUUUGAUUUCAUUUCUGUCAAGCUUUGGUUUCAUUUUGUCUCUUGUUGGUUGAAAAGGGAGAUCUUUAAAGGUUAAAGUUGGAAUGGUUCAGCCAUAAAAACAACAGACUUGACUGUUUAUACAGUUUUUAAUUUCUUUAACUUUUUAAAAAUGAAAGGAAGGGAUAGCAAAUGUGAAUGCAGCUCAUGUCCAGGAGCACCUCAGUAAUUGUAACAUACCUGUAGGCCUGAAAUGAAAAGGAUGGUGUAAAUUAAAUGUGUGGCAAACUGGGACACUUUUUAAUCCUUUGAGUUAAUUUUGCAGUUUUAGGAAACCAUUCUAAUCAGUUUGGCCCCUAUUAGGGUGAGCAUAUUUAUCCCGGCUUUCCUUUUGACAAAUAUGCAAUUAGUUCAAUUUAGGGAUUAUUAAAAUUACUCGAGAAACCCAAGGAAAUCUGCAUGACAAAAUUAGACAUUAUAACAGGCAUCACUGAACUUCCUUUAGGGACGAAAGUUAAGUUGUGUCAAGAAUGACCUGAAACUGUUAAAAACAAAUGUCUUCCCACAAAUAAGAUAAGAGGAAGAGGUUAAUCUAAAAGGGAUGUUUUGCCAUAAAUACAACAGGAACAGGACAAAAAGGAAGGCCGUAAGAACACAGAAGAUCUUUCCAUCUAUUUCUUCUGUGAAUCAGUGGUAGUGAUUGCUGUUUCUGCAUGGACUGAAAACUUUAACCAAAUGACUUUUAACACGCAUGUGAAACUGGCCUGUAAGUUCAUAUUGCAUAUUGAGUCACUCUUUUUUUUCCUUUCUGUUGAAUGUUAAAAUGGCUAUGUCAUUGAUUCACUUCAACUUGUUCUCUGUGUGAAAUAAGCAAUCAUUUAAAAAAAGAAAAUUCAAAAAAAGUCUUAUUUUGUACAGCUCAUGCUAAUGUGACUUCUGCUGCACUAGUCUGGUCUUAAAGCACGUGGUGCACAUCAGGCCAGGGCGGAGAUAUAAAAAAAACUGGAUUUCAUUCGUAUUUGCUGAAUUUAUCUGGCCUUCUUUUGCCAUCUUGUGUGAGGUGAACUAAAAUCAAAGUGCACCCAAGUGCCAACUCUGUGAAAUGUCAUUUGAAAAUAAUGACAUAUUCUUACCAUGUUUUUUGCACAUCGUAGAUAAUGGCUUUCAGAGUAAUUGCCAAGAUUUACAUUGAUUCACUCUCAUUUCAAGGAUAAUUCUACACCUAUUUGACAAUACAAAAUUCAGCAUUACUUGUUACACGUGAUACAUUUUCCAGUCACUUUUGAGAUUUAUAGAAGAAAGGAAAUUGACCUCGACUCUGACAGAGUCCACUGUGAAAGCUGACGGAGAAACUUUUAAAUGAAGGGAGUUUAAUUUAAGAUGUUUAAGAUAACAUUUUAGUAAAGGAUUACCCACUUCUUUCCUUCUGUGUGACCAGACCUGAUGCAACUGGAUUGUCUGUAAAUUAAAAUAAAUGUUUCAGUUUGUUCCUGA